AUAAAACCACAAAUUGUGCGACUAAAUUACUCCUAGCAUUGUGUGGACUAGGAUUGGAGAAAAAUGAUAAUUACUUAUGAUUGAACGACAAAACUAAUAAGAGUGUACCUUUAAGUUGUAUGAAUUACUCAGAGCCUGCUUUUAGUAAAUAAAUAAAAAAAGUACGAGAAAAUUAAGAUUUCAUAAUAAAACAUGAGUAAAAUCAAGCUUUAUUACGACACAUUGUCACAACCUGCUAGAGCACUGAAGCUAUUUUUGUUGGUGAACAAAAUACCCUAUGAAGGAAUCGCUGUUAAUUUAGCAAAAGGUGAACAUUUCCAGCCAGAAUAUAAGAAAAUCAACCCUCUAAGGAAAGUACCAGUUUUGGAGCACAAUGGCACUAUUAUUAGGGAAAGUGUGGGCAUAUUCCGCUACCUAUGCCGAGAGCUCGAUAUUCCCGAUCACUGGUAUCCAAAGGACAGCCUGCAGCAGGCAAAGGUUGAUGAAUACCUUGAGUGGCAGCAUCUUAACACAAGACUGUUCUGUGCCAUGUUCGUCCAUUACAAGGUUUUGAAACCAAAGUUUGCCGGUGAGCCCCAAGACGAAAAGAUGGUUUCAUACGCCUUCAAAGGAAUGCAAAGCACUCUGGAUGUUAUCAGCAAUGUUUGGCUAAAGGAUCGGAAAUAUCUCUGUGGUGACAAGAUUAGCAUUGCCGACCUCUUGGGCGUGUGCGAGUUGGAACAACCAAGACUUGGAGGUUAUGAUGUGGGCAAAGACCGGCCGAUUCUGAAAGCCUACAUGGAGAGAGUGCGUGGGGACUUGCAACCUCAUUAUAGUGAAGUUAUGAAGCGAUUUGACAAAUUUUUAUCAAAAUAUGGUGAUCUUAUCGCUAAAUUGUGAGAUAUUCAAGGUGUAUUAAUUAUAGUAAUUGGUUUAGUAUGAACUUUUUUCACUUU